AUGUCUGCCUGCAACCCAGGAUCUAGCAAAAGAAACAACCCACGCGACAACACACCAACAAAUGAGAUUUCGAUCUCUUUGGCGGACUUGCAAUUGAACCGACAGUUGCAGCCGAUGCAAUCGCACCCCGAAAAUCUCGGAUUCAAGCUACUGCCCGCAUCUUAUGAGUUGAUUGAGACAGCUGACUUGGUGGUGUUGAUUACAAGCAUGGUCAUGGAAUUGAUCAGUGUCAAUGACAAGAUACCCAUCCUUCCAAAUCAGCUGACUCGGUUUCACUCGCAAUCUUCGCCACAGAUCACUGUGCAUGCUUACCUCUGUCGAUUGACGGCACACGCUCAUCUAUCGCCUCCAAUCCUCCUCAGCAUGGUCUUUUAUAUUGACCUACUAUGUGCUGCAUACCCUGCAUUUAUUAUGUCUAGCUUGACAAUACACCGUUUUCUGAUUGUUAGCGCAACAGUCGCCAGUAAAGGCCUCAGUGAUUCUUUCUGGACCAACAAGACAUACGCUCGGAUAGGGGGUAUCAGCUCCACAGAACUCGCCGUGCUAGAACUUGAAUUCUUAUUUCGAGUGAAAUGGAGAAUUAUUCCCAAACCAGAGGCGCUAGGUGACUACUAUCGGUGCCUGGUUGAGCGCUGUGACGGCUUUGGGAUUGAAAUUCCCUGCUGCGACAGCGGCUAA